AUGCAAGGAUCUCCUCCACCAGCACCACUAGAAGAUGUCAAAUUACAGAAGAUAGAGGUAGCUGGAAACCUUGAGCACAUAGAAGAUCAGCUCCGAGCAACAGAAGAAACCAAUGCCAUAUACAAUUCAAGAAUCCAAGCAUUAGAAGAUGAAUUAAGUCAACUUAAUAAGAAGUCAAAAAAGGCUUUUAAAUAUUUAAACAGUCAAUUAGAGAAACAUCAAGAAAAAGGAGUUGUUCUUCAAGAAGUUUACAAUAAAUAUCCUGAUAUCCAAUUUAUGGACCAACAAAUAAAAGUAAUAGAGGAAUAUUGCAAGAAUAGCCAGCAAUUUCAAGAUAGAGUCGUUGAUCCUGAAUUUUUACGAGAGAUGGGCAUAAAGAAGAAUACCCAAAAUCCUCAAGAAAAACUCAUCAAAUCCGUCGAUUAUUUGAUUAAAUUAUAUCAAGCUAGAUAUAAGGGCGUAUUUAGUUUUAAAUUAAUGCCUUAUAAUAACCAUACAGGAGAAGAAUUAGACAUCAUCAAUCUAAUUACAGCUCUAGAAUCAUCGAUCAAGAAUUCUGCUAAAAAAUACUUAAUUGAAACCGAAUCAUUAAAACAAGAGAUUCAAGAAUUGAGAGAUGAAAUCGAAAAACUCUCACGAGACGACUUUUGA